CUCCAACGAUGACGACGGCGACGCACUCGCCGAACAGCUUAGGUCCAGACCAGGUGUGUGCAGUGUGUUGACAGGUCAGGUGUGCGUGCCUGUACAACGAGCCCUUGUAGUGAACGAGUUUUGGUGUGUGUGGGUGUAUGUGUGUUUUGAUGCACGAUUCUUCCCGUCUUUCGAUCGUGCACUCCUGGUGAUUUCCUGGUUCCCCGGGGCCAGCUAUCAGCUAUCAGCGCCUCCCAUUGGCUCUCCAAUCAAGUCGAUCAGUCGAUCAGCGAUCCCCAGUCAGAGUGCACAGAGGAGAGAUCGCGCACGCGUGUGUUUGUGUGUGCGCGCUUGUGUGUCACGCACCUUUAGCGCGUGAAAGUUCCGGCGCCACAGUCGCGCCAUCGUAGUCGUCGUUUGUCGUGAGCGCUACGCUUAGGGUAGACACCGCAGACCCUCCUCACGCAGAGCAAGCAAGCAUCAGGGGGGGACCCUAGGCACUACUUUCACCGCCACCACCAUUUACAGCGAGCGAUAAUAUAUUUAUCCACACCACGACCACCUCCACCACCACCACCACCACCACCACAGUCUCUUCAUCCCCAAGCCUGCGCGUCUCCGCUUGUGCCUGUUUCGGGAGUGUACGUGCGUGCGUGCGUGCGUGUGCGUAAAGAAAACGAAAAAGACAGAGAGCGAGCGACGAGGGGACCGAGGGGGUCCUUCUGCAAUCAGCAGCAGCAACGGCAGCAGUAGCGUGCAUACCAGCCCGUGCGUGAUCCCACGGGGCUCAACAGAAGUUGGUCUAGCGGCCAAGUUGGUCGAAAACAAAAAGAACAGGGUCAAAUCAAACAUUUUGCUGGUGCAAAAAUAGACCAGCACAAGCAACAGUAGCAGCAGCAGCAGCAGCAGCAGCAGGCGGUAGAUAGAAGGUGAUAUUGUCUCGAGGCUGGUAGGCUUUCGGUGGUCAGAUAGGCUACUAGGAGCGGAGCGAGCGAGAAUGAUGGCCGAAACGGUAGUGACGGUGGACCCGCCGAACCGCGCUGGUGGCAGCCCGGCAGCGGGAGGAGGAACAACGGGAGCGGCAGCCGCCGCCGGUCAGGCCAAACCAGAAUCUAAUCUCAACUGGCUGAAGUUCAACACACAGUACUUUAUCACCAUACCGGGCAUACUGAAGAUCGUCCAAGUGGUGUUCGGUAUCAUCUGCAUGGCGUGCGCAUCGCCGGCCCUCAUAGGCGGCACCCACUUCUUUCUGUUCGUCGUCGUCACCUCCUUCAUUGCUACCCUGCUGUGGACGUUCGUUUAUCUCCUGGGUAUCCGCGAGGUGCUCAAUCUGGCCAUCAACUGGAUUCUCACGGAGCUCAUCAAUACCGGAAUAGCGACGCUGCUCUACUUCAUCGCCUUCAUCGUACAGCUCGCCUCCUGGUCCAACCUGUACGGUCACGGCCGAGGUUCCAACAUAGCCGCUGGUGUGUUUGGAUUGUUCAACUUCCUCGCCUAUACGGCCGGCACCUACUUCCUGUACGUGGAGCAUCGUUCGGCCGCUGUCUAAGUCGCCUGCCUGCCGGUGGUCGCCUCUCUCCCGUUCUCUUUCCCUUGUAUCCUAUCUCUCUCUCUCACACACAUAUACACAAGACCGGGCACAUGUUCACUCCAGCGUCAGCGACACAACGCGCAGGCUCACAGCAUCGUCUCGAAGCCGGCAACAACACGGGUGACCGGCGAGCUCCUCAACCAAAAACCCUUAACCCUGAAGAUAGCUGUUGGCGCCAUUGCGCUGACGUAACCCACCAAAGUGAAAGCGGCUCGAAACCGACUCCCAGCAGCAGCAGCAGCAGCAGCCACUGCGCGAAGACAAGGGAUCUGUGUUGUGAGAGAAGUGAAAGCGAAGAAAAAGGGUUUAUGGGCGAGAGGGCAGGCACGAAAGUAGAAGAAUAAGAAGAAAAAGAAACACAAGCAGAUGAAGGGAAACAGAGCGGAAUAUAUAAAGCCGUUCAAAGAGCUGAGAGCCGACGCCACCGCCCGAGGGGUAGUAGCAAAUGGAGUUAGAGCGAAGGGGGUGUAGCGGGGAUUCCGUCCGAAUCCAGAUUCCAGGCAGGGCCAAUCCAAAUUCAGUUCGUUUUAGGUAUUAUAGAGCGUUCGGUAAUCUACAGAGAGAUCAUCCCCUUUACAAAAAACCUAACAACCCGCCACAACAAAAGGUUUAAGCUGCCAAGCUGCAGUUUCCGUUUCGCAGGGCACUACACGCCGCCUACUAGGCUAACUAGCACUCUACUAUUAACGCAACGGCGUUGUGUCACUUUUUGGGUUGCGCCGAACAGUGUUUUGAUAUUUUGUUGCUACAGGUAUCGCUCGUAACAUCGAUAGCUAUGUACACCACAGAGAGCGUUAGCGCGCGAAAUGUCAUUUGAGUAGGAGAGGCAAGGUAGACGGGGUGUGGGGGGGGGGGGGGGGCGGUGACUAUGUGCAUGGCAAACGCAUUAGCGCCCCCGCACCACAAUCUUCGCAAAGCAACAAAGCGAAUGGCGAUCAAGAACACAACAGACGAGAGGGAGAGAGAGAGAGAGAGAGAGAGAGAGAGAGAGAGAGAGAGAGAGAGAAUCAAAUCGAGUGAUUGCGUGUGCGUGCGGGGGAAGGGAAGCAUUUUGAGGGGCCGAAAAUGAUGCACGGUGAAACGGAACGGGCCGGCUGGAUCGAUUUGUUGAUGUUGUUGUUGUUGUUGUUGUUCGAGUAUUCGCGCCCACCCACCCCCCCUUCUCGCCCUCUCCCAUCCCAUGGGUCUUUUCCUGCCCACUUGCAUCGUUGCAUUUGACGCCGGACACCGAUCGAGGAUCGAUCGAGUAGUGGUUAAGGUUAAAGGAGUUUUUUUUUUUAAUUUAUUCGAGUUUACACCUCCAACCGCAGUCCCUGUCCCGGUUUGGCGAGGGAAACAGUUGGUAGGGGGUGGACAGAAAUGGGGGUUAAAUUAUUACCAAUAGAGUUUUGUUAUCAAUGUUUACAGUGCGCUGUUCCCUAGUUUUCUUUUUUUUCCUUUUUGUUCUGGGGAGGGAGUUUUCGCAUCUAUCGCGAAACACAACGGCAACGGCGACGAGUAGUCACGGCAAACAGCCGUUAUGUUUUUUUUUAUCGAGGUUGAGUCGAGUUCUACGCUGCGCAAUAUGAAAUAUACAAAUCUAUUAUAUCUGUAUAUGUACGUACUAUAUAUGUUCAAUAAAACGUGUUUACUAAUACAAAA